AUGCACAAUAAGAUGAAAGGACCUUACUUGCAAUGUAGAAAUGACGUCUUCUUUACGAAUCGAAGUCAUUUGCGAAAGAUCCAUCACAGAAAUCACACGUUCCUCUCCCGUUACCAUCUCUUCCUCUUUGAAUCGCAUGAGUUUCUCAAUUAUCGUAGCCCAGAAACUUCGAUAGGAGAGCUAGAAGUGCCCUCCUGUACUCAUUUUUAAACAAGCAAUAAUUAUGCUUUUUUUAAUCAAAUGAUCCUUAAAGAAAAAGGCCUGACGGCCAGAACAAUACGUUAAUGAUAUGUGGCAGGAAUUGACAAUAGCAGAACGCUUCACUACUUGAAAUUUCCAGAGCACCUAGAUGGUCUACCAAAAACAACUUCCAGCAAUCCACAUGUAACCACAACCACUCAAUGAUGAUGACUCCAUAUACAGGAGGAUUUUGGAAUGUUAAGGACAUUUUUGUACAGAGUUGUGAAUUUUUGAUAACUCCGCCAGCCUCAGUGCAAGUCUCGCCCACUUUGGGUAUCUGGCCACAUAGACAUUUCCCUUUAUACCUGCCUCUCCCCUUUUAAUAACGUUUUUGAACAUAGUCAUGAAUUUUUGAUUUUAGCCCCGCCCACCUUAGGGCGUGCCCUGCACACUUCAAUAUUUGACCGGCUGCUCUCAAACUUCGACGACCGUCCGUGCGCCCAUCCUUCAACGCGUGCGCGACGGCGGUCACAUGCGUGCCGCAACGCUGGCACGUGA